AUGUCUGCAAAGAAAGGACGCAGUAAAUCCCUGGCUGAGCAAAUUGCCGAGCUUGAGGAUCCCACUCCCAAAGAAUUUGACCCGGAGGACCAGAGUGAUGGCGCACAGGAUAGCGAUAGCGAAGGACCUAUUGAUGACAACGGGGAAACCGGGAGGGAGCAUUAUGAAGUCGUGAGCGAGAGCAAGCUCCGGAAGCCAGCUGAAGUAAAGCUAGGUCGCGAAUAUGCCAGCUCGCGGGUUAGUCGACAGGAUCUGAAUGGCCAUGAUUCCAGCGAACCCGAGUCUUCUGAGGAGGAUGGUGAUGACAGCGGCAGUGAUGGCAAUGGCUCAGAUGAAGAAGACGAGAGCGGAGAUUCGGAGAUGGGCGACCUGCAAUCGGACGAGGACGAUGAAUCCGAGUCUGACAUAACCGAUGAAAGAGAGGUGGAAGAGGAUACAACGAGGAAGAAGUCAAAAACUCAGCCGGAGCCUAAAGUUGACAACGACCGCGAGGAAUUACGACGGUUGAUGGCUACCGGCGAUAAGAUGGUAACCGCGUCGAUAUCACAAGCUGCCAAAGCAGAUGCUACCAAGGGCAUGGCUGUUAAGCAGCAGAGGCUAACGUUUGACGCCCUACUCAACACGCGAAUUAAACUACAAAAGGGCGUUACCGCGCUGAAUGCCGAAUUGGCGGAGCCGUCUACUUCACCCGACCAGAACGAAGAACUGAUCAAGUCUGCUGAGACUGCUGCAUUGUCGCUGUGGAACACCUUGGGUGAUCUCCGACAAACCCUCGCCGACCACUACGCUGCGGGCAGCGCCAGCCCGAAGAAACGCAAAAGGCCUGCACCUGCGACGACGGCAACAUCGUCCGCCGACAUUUGGAGCCAGAUGUGCGAGUUGGAAGCCCAGUCACUCUCACAUCGACGUGGAGUUCUUGACAAAUGGUCCCGAAAAGUGCGCGGAUCCCGUAGCAGUACACUAUCCAACAACAACCGGGGGAAACUAUUGAACACCGGCUCAGACGAGCAGAGCAUGUCUACUGUGCUAGACGCAUAUGUAGCGAAGGAGAGUAAGGAUGAUAAGCCAUCUGAAUCUACAGAUGGACCUGGCUCCGGAGCAUACGACGAUACAGCGUUCUACCAAUCACUUCUCCGCGACCUAGUCGAGCAGCGGAUGUCCGCAUCUACCAACGGCGGUGCUAUCCUCGACUCGAUCUCAGCGCAGCUCCCCAGAAGUGGUUCUACAAAUACGAUUAGUGGGAUGCGCAAGGAUAAGGUAAAGCGAGCGGUGGACACGAAAGCGUCCAAGGGGCGGAAGAUGAAGUAUACGGUGCAUGAGAAGCUCCAGAACUUCAUGGCUGCCGAGGAUCGGGGUUCGUGGUCGACUCGGGCGAGGGAUGAGUUCUUUGCUUCAUUGCUAGGACGGAGCGUGGGAAAUGUGUUGGGUGAAGACGAAGAGAGUGAAGAUGAUGGCGAGUCUGCUGAUGACGAUGCCGAAGGAGGGUUGAAGUUGUUUAGAAGUUAG